AUGGUGGCCUACGUGCCGCUGAUCCUGCCCGCCACCUGGCUGCUGGACGCCCGUGGCCUGCGCCUCACCGCCCUGCUGGGCGCCGGCCUCCACGGCCUGGGCGCCUGGCUCAAGUGUGCCAGCCUGGCCCCCGACCGGUACCCCCUCACCCUGGCGGCCCAGGCCGUCUGCGCCGUCGCCCAGGUCUUCAUCCUGGGGCUGCCCUCACGCAUCGCCUCCGUCUGGUUCGGCCCCACCGAGGUCUCCACCGCCUGCGCCGUGGCCGUGCUGGGCAACCAGCUUGGCACUGCAAUUGGCUUUUUGUUGCCACCUGUUUUGGUUCCAAAUACACCUAACGAUAUCGAGCUAAUGGCACAUAACAUCAGCAUCAUGUUCUAUGGAACAGCUAUAGUGUCCACGCUUUUGUUCUUCUUAACAGGAGUUGUGUUUGAAGAAAAGCCCAAAUACCCUCCUAGUCACUCUCAAGCAGUCCUGCAAACUGUGCCUCCCGAGGAUUACUCCUACAAGCAGUCGAUUAUUAACUUGUUCAAAAAUAUUCCAUUUGUACUUCUGCUGAUCAGUUACGGUAUUAUGACUGGGGCAUUUUAUUCUGUCUCCACGUUAUUAAACCAGAUGAUAGUAACUCAUUAUGAGGGAGAAGAAGUGAACGCUGGGAGAAUUGGCUUGACACUGGUGGUGGCAGGAAUGGUGGGUUCGAUUAUUUGUGGUUUGUGGCUGGAUUACACUAAAACAUACAAGCAAACUACUUUGAUUGUUUACAUUCUCUCUUUCAUUGGAUUGCUGGUAUUUACUUUCACCCUGGACCUCGGAUACCUUAUAGUAGUGUUCGUGACUGGAGGAGUACUUGGGUUCUUCAUGACUGGCUAUCUCCCACUUGGGUUUGAAUUUGCUGUGGAAAUUACAUACCCAGAGUCUGAAGGCACUUCCUCAGGUCUCCUUAAUGCAUCAGCACAGAUAUUUGGAAUUGUCUUUACACUUGUUCAAGGAAAACUCACAACAAACUACAGUCCUUGUGCAGGAAACCUCUUUCUUUGUGCUUGGAUUUUUGUGGGCAUUAUCUUAACAGCCUUAAUAAAAUCAGAUUUGCGAAGACACAAUGUGAAUUCAGGGAUUAUGAAUUUGGAUGUUAAAGCUGUACCAGUUGACAGUCCUGUAGAACCUGAAAGUACUACAUUAAAAAUUCAGUCGGCUUUAUAAAGCUGAAAGAAGGUGACUUAGAAAUGCACAAGUUUGUUUGGAUACUGAAAAAUAUUAAUUGGUGUAAUCACUGGAUUUGUGUGUAUGAGUAGUAAAAUGUGUUUGGUGAUAUUGCUGAUAGUUGUGUGGUGGAAACUAUGAAGAUGCUCAGUUCAUUUUGCCCAAGACGCAAACAAUUUGCCUUUGUAUGGAAUAUUUAUUCUAACAGUUUUCAAGUUUUGCAGUUUCAUUAGUGGAGAACUGUGUGAAUACUCUCCACGCUAGGGAGACAUGUACAUUCAGGAUGCAUACUUGAAAAAAUCUGGAAUCCUUAAGUACAGUCAUCAUGAUCAGAAGUAUCUAAUCUUCUUUUCUUAUUCAGUCUUUGCUAGUGCAUUUGAAAAGUCAGAGAGUAGGUAGCUGCACAGCUGGAGGAUGUUCACAAGUUCCUUUUUUUAAAUGUAUCUGUAUUUUUAAUAUAAGCCAACGGUUCCCUCUGGGAAACUGUCUAUAGCACAAUACUGAAAACAAGAGAUGACUGCAAAUGUGUGUGUUUCAUACUGGCAUCUGACUUUUUUUUUGCCUUGAAACUUCUCGAUAGAUAUCAGAAGGCAGAUAAGAGAAAACACUGUCUUAUAGAUUCACUGUAACAUUUCUGGGGAGAUUUAAAAAGUUUCCCACUAGAUCAAUUGAAGAAAAAAGAUUCCUUAUUAAAUAUAGUAAAAAGGAGGAGAAAGGCCUUUGAUAUCUCCACUGUGAAGUGUUUGUAGGCAAUGGAACGCUACCACGCAGGUUGCCUCCACAGAAUAUUUCGAGUGCUUUCUCAGUUAAAGUGAGAGGAGUAUGUGUUUACAAAGAGCUGGUGCCUUUACUUUGUAAAGAAGAUCCUUGCCUCAUCUUGAGUUUAAUCAGUGCUGCUGAAGAAAUUCCACUUUGUGUGUUAAACCUCCUCUGAAUAUUUGUGGAGUACCAGAAAAUGUGUUCUGUCCUUUUUUGCAAUUAUUUCUCUGCGUUAUGAAUUGUAGCAUUUGUCUCAUGAAGUUUUUGUGCUCGUGUAACUUAAAUCAUGUCUUUCACAGUUUGUUAAAAGCUGUAAGGGUGAGUGAAAGGAAAAUAGUGAUGUUUCACUUUGAUGAAAUAUUUGCCAUUUAUAUCAUGCUUCUUAGCUACAAAAGGAGCAGAUUUCAUUAACGCUCACCUUGUGUUACUACAUUUAUCUGAACUUGGGAUGUGGAUUUCUCACUGCAGUGCUUCUGAAAGUAUUCUCCUUUACCUUGUGCUCUACCUACACACCUACAGAAUUGAUAGUACUACAGUAAUACUGAGGCCCUACUAUUACUGAAGAAGUCAGACCCGAGUUAGACUUUUUGCAAACAUUUAAGCUUUAGCAGUCUUUAAGCUGAGUCUGCACGUUUAGUGCCAC